AUGUAUGGGGUAUCCCCUGGUCAUGAGUCAUCUGCGAAUGGGCACUCUUACAAUAACAGCGAUUGCCUUGAUCCCUUGCCUCCCGCUCGAGGUGAUCAGGUCCCAUCCGAACCCCAAGAUCUUCCAGUUUCUGAAAAGCAAGGUGAAGAGCCCUCCGAGGAGAUCCCGUCGGUGACGCUAACCAUCACAAACGUGGUUUGUAUGGCCCAUUUGGGAUGUCAUUUGCGUCUGAAGGAGAUAGCCAGAUCAGGCGUAAACGUCCAAUACAAUCCUCUUCAAAACCACGUCAUAAUGAGGCUGCGUAGACCGUAUAUAGUGGCCACUAUCUGGUCCAGUGGCAAGUUCUGGUGCACCGGAGCCAAUUCUUUGGCGAAUGCAAAAAAAGGCGCAAGACGAAUAGCGCGACGAAUCUCCCUGGUCGGUUUUCCCUGUCGGUUCACCAAAUACCGAAUCUUAAAUAUCAUGGCCACCUGUAAACUGCCCUUCCGAGUGCGCUUGGAUGACCUCGCCAAGGAACGCCCCAGAGCUAUGAGCUACGAGCCGGAAUUGGGACCAUGGUUGACUUACUGGGUGGAGGAGGACACUAGGAAUACUCUGAAGCUCUUUUCCACCAGUAAAAUGAUGCAGCGCUUUAAUAACGCAAAGGAUCGUCUGUGUCUCUAG